AUGGCGUCGGUGGGUAAAGUAUUGGCCACAAUAAAAGCUGUCAUCACUCGUUUGGUGUUUGCGUGUCAUGGAAUAAUAGCAAUUUGGCAAGUCACCGUUUUUAAAAAUAACAAUGAAUAUUGGUACUUGGCGUCGCCGAUUCUCCUGUUGAUUUUCGAAGGCGUCUUCACGCUGACAGUCAAAAAGAAUCAAGAGUGGAAAUGGUUCUGUCCAUCGGUGUUUAUCUACCUCGGCCUGGUGGUUCCAGCAAUAUGGUUGCUGGAGUUGCACAAGGUCGAUCUUCGGUUGCAGAAGAAGGCAAACAUAACAUACAUCGAGACAGAGAUCCCGAUUCCUGGUGCCACCAAAAUCCCCACAGACAUGUGGGUGACGUUGAUAGAGCAGUUCCUUAUGCUGACACUCAUAGUGGGUCGGUGGCUUCUGCCCAAAGGAGAUCUUACGAGGGACCAGCUCAGCCAACUACUGCUGGUAUAUAUUGGUACAGCCGCGGAUAUAAUCGAAUUCUUCGAUUCAUUCAAAGAUGAGAAGGUGGCUACUGAAAAGGUCCUCGUCCUCCUCACCCUGGCCAUCUGGUCAUGGUCGCUUGUCCAGUUCACGGUCGUUUUGACAGCGACCAAAUCGAGGAAGUCUCGUGGCACAGCACAUAGGUCUGACAUGAACUCCAGCCGUGCGUGUUGUUGCUCCAUCGAAGUCUGCGCAAUAAUGAUGAACAUCGUCCUUCAAGACGCACCAUUUUUGGCAUUUCGACUACUCAUCAUCGCCCAUUAUAAGAUUAUCAACUAUAUGAAUAUAUUCUUCACUUGUAAAAAUACGUUGGUUAUACUGCUGCAAAUAUAUAGACUAUAUGUGCUGCAUUUGGAGAAGACUGAGGAUACUAACGGGGACUCGGUUUAUAGAAAGAGAAAGAAGCCCAAGACGAGUGAGAGGAAAGAGAGACACAGCUAG